UUAGAGUUCAAGACCUGGGACCGAAGAGGGGAGGGGCAGAUGAGAGGUGGUAGUGGCGUCAGUGGCACAUGGCUGAGAACUUGGGUGGGUGUGGGGGUUCAGGAAACCAGGUCUUCUCCAGGCCUGGUCCUGCCCUGAGUAGGGUGUUCCCCACAGUGAUUAGCAGGGCAGGAAAAUGGGCCUUGGCCAAACAUGCCAUUGAGAUGAACUCAACAGAGUGGUCUUUAAUCUUCUCCAGCUAAGCCUAGUUCUUGAAAGGGAUAAAAGUCAAGAAGGAGUUGGGAGAGCUUGAACUUUUAAGGAUCCUUGUUCCUUUGACAUUCUUGCUCCUCUGACCCUCUGGCACCAGCUUCCACCAUGACCCAACGAUCCUCUGUCACCAUCAAGUCAGGGGGAACCUGGAACUUCAGUGCUUCCUCAGCCAGCCUCCUCCCAGGCUGCUGGACCAGCUUCAGCUCUGUCUCUGUGUCUCAGGGCGGGAAGAGUUUUGGGGGUGGUUUCAGUGGCGCUUUUGGGACCAGGAGCCUCCGUAGCCUUGGGGGUAGCAAGAGAAUCUCCAUCAGUGGGGGUUACCGCUCCAACUGGGUCAGCUAUGGGGGUGCUGGCUAUGGGCUGGGUCUCGGGGGUAUCGGGUACAGAGCAGGGGAAGCCUGCAGUGGGUAUAGAUUUGGAGGUGGGAUGAUGUCCGGAGCCGAGGGCAUCCAUGAGGUCACGGUCAAUCAGAGUCUCCUGACCCCCCUCCACCUGGAGAUCAAUCCCUCUCUCCAGAAGGCACGGAAGGAAGAAAAGGAGCAGAUCAAGACUCUCAACAACAAGUUCGCCUCCUUCAUCGACAAGGUGCGGUUCUUAGAGCAGCAAAACAAAGUCCUGGAGACCAAAUGGAGCCUCCUGCAAGACCAGAAAACCACCAGGAUCAACACUGAGCCCAUGUUUGAUGCCUGCAUCAGCAACCUGAGACAUCAGCUGGAAGGUUUGGGCGGGGAGCAGGCAAGGCUGGAGACAGAGCUGAAGAGCAUGCAGGAUGUGGUGGAGGACUUCAAGAACAAGUACGAAGAAGAGAUCAAUAGACGCACGGUGGCGGAGAAUGAGUUUGUCAUACUGAAGAAGGACAUAGACGCCACCUACAUGAACAAGGUAGAGCUGGAGGCCAAGGUGGACACCCUGAUAGACAAGAUCAACUUCCUGCAGGCCUUCUACGAGGCGGAGUUGGCUCAGCUUCAGGCCCAGAUCUCUGAGACCUCUGUGGUCCUGUCCAUGGACAACAACCGCCACCUGGACCUGGACAGCAUCAUCUCUGAGGUCAAGGCCCAGUACAAGGACAUCACCAACCGCAGCCGGGCUGAGGCUGAGUCCUGGUACCAGACCAAGUACGAGGAGUUGCAGCGGUCUGUCGGCCAGCACGGCGAUGACCUCCGCAACACCAAGAUGGAGAUCUCCGAGCUGAACCGUGUUAUCCAGAAGCUGCGCUCUGAGAUUGACGACCUGAAGAAGCAGUGUGCUGCACUCCAGGCCGCCAUUGCUGAUGCCGAGCAGCGCGGGGAGCUGGCUGUCAAGGACGCCAAGCACAAGCUGACCGAGCUGGGGGAUGCCCUGUAGAAGGCCAAGCAGGACAUGAUGAAGGUGGUGUGCGAGUACCAGGAGCUCAUGAAUGUUAAGCUGGCCCAGGAUAUUGAGAUCGCCACCUACCGCAAGCUGCUGAAGGGCGAGGAGUGCAGACUCACUGGAGAAGGUGUUGGGCCUGUCAAUAUCUCUGUGGUCUCUUCCACUGGGGGCACAGGCUACAGUGGGGGCGGAGGCCUCUGUGUGGGUGGAAACGGCUACAGCAUUGGCCUCUACGGUGGUGGGAGCAGCGGCUUCAGCUCCACCAGCAGCCGCAGCAUUGGUGGGAACAGCUCCAGCGUGCGCAUCAUCUCCAAGACCUCGUCCACCAAGAAGGGUUACAGGAGCUAAAGUGCCCUGCCUGCCUCAGCUGCCUCCCCUU